GCUUUUGAUUAAUAAUUUCUGCAUUUUUAAUUUUACUAGCAGCGAUUGUGUGUUGGUGGUGUUUGGAAACGAUUUUUUGUGCAUUUCAGUGAAUUUGUAGUGUUUGGAAACGGAUUUUUUAAUAUAUCGGUGAAUUUAUGGUGUUUGGAAACGAUUUUUUUUUUUGCAUUUUCAGUGAAUUUGUGGUGUUUGGAUACGGAUUUUUUUUAAUAUAUCGGUGAAUUUAUGGUGUUUGGAAACGAUUCUUUUUUUUGCAUUUUCAGUGAAUUUGUGGUGUUUGGAAUCGAUGGCUUUAGUUCUAUAACUUGUAUUGCGUGCCAUUUUUUGAUUUUGGAAGUUAUGGAUUGCUUCAUCGCUCUGUGUGAUGCAAUUUAUUGUUUGGAGUUGUUGAUUCUCGAUUUGAAGCGGAUCCUUGCUUUGAUUUGCAUUUGUAUAUGUAACUAUGGACACGCCGUACACUAAUGCCGGCCGGACGGUGAUGAAAGCAUGUUUUCCGGCGUUCUACGGCGUCGGUCGAGCGCCGGAAGACGGUCAAGGAUACACAAAACCAAGAAAAUUCAAAUCCGCCAUGACCAUCAAGCAGGCUGUUCGGAUUGCAGAUGGAAAGCUCGUAGUGAAGAACAAAACCAUCCUCACCAACGUGCCGGAAAAUGUCGUCCCGACGUCCGCCUCCACGACCGGGCCGGUCGACGGCGUGUUUCUCGGGGCCGUGUUUGAUCAAGACAGCAGCCGCCACGUCGUUUCCCUCGGCGCAUUCCGCGACGUCCGAUUCUUAGCCUGUUUCAGGUUCAAGCUAUGGUGGAUGGCCCAAAAAAUGGGAGACAAAGGCCGCGACAUCCCAAUGGAGACGCAGUUCUUGCUGGUGGAGACCAAAGAAGGAUCGCACAUCAUCGACAACGACAAUAAAAACAGCAACAUUGUCUACACAGUCUUCCUGCCAUUGAUCGAAGGUCCCUUCAAAGCAUGCCUUCAAGGAAACGACAGGGACGAGCUCGAACUGUGCCUCGAAAGCGGGGAUAUCGACGCAACGGCAUCGAUCUUCACUCAUUUGGUCUACAUUAGCUCCGGGAUCGAUCCAUUUCUAACGAUCCACGAGGCGAUCAAGGCGGUUAAGCUGCAUUUAGGGAGUUUCAAGCUGCGGGAAGAAAAGAAGUUGCCAGGGAUCGUCGAUUACUUCGGUUGGUGCACUUGGGACGCAUUUUAUCAGGAGGUAACUCAGGAGGGAGUCGAGGCCGGGCUCGAAAGUCUAAAAUCAGGCGGGACGCCUCCGAAGUUCGUCAUCAUCGACGACGGAUGGCAGUCUGUUGCAUCCGACAACGAUCGAGAAACAGAGCAGGAGCUCGGGCAGCCGAGGCUGCUGAGAUUAACUGGAAUAAAAGAGAACGAGAAGUUUCAAAAACCGAGCAAUCCUUCGAAAGGAAUCGAAAAUAUUGUUAGCGUCGCGAAGGAGAAGUACGGGCUGAAGUAUGUGUACGUUUGGCACGCGAUCACGGGGUAUUGGGGCGGGGUGAGGCCCGGCGUGAAGGAGAUGAAACACUACGAAUCGGCGAUGCAGUAUCCGAAGCUCUGCGACGGCGUGAUGGAGAACGAACCCGGAUGGAAAACUGACGCGAUUGCGUUGCAAGGGCUUGGGUUGGUGAAUCCGCGGAGCGUGUACAAGUUCUUCUUUGAGCUGCAUAGCUACUUGACGUCUGCGGGCGUCGACGGAGUGAAGGUCGACGCGCAGUGCAUACUCGAGACUCUCGGGGCAGGGUUCGGCGGGCGCGUCGAGAUCACGUCGCAGUAUCAUCAAGCCCUCGACGCAUCCGUCGCCAGGCAUUUUCCCGACAAUGGAUGCAUCGCUUGUAUGAGCCACAACCUCGAAUCGUUGUACUGCUCGAAACAAACCGCGAUUGUGAGGGCGUCGGACGACUUCUUCCCGCGCGAACCGGUGUCGCACACUAUCCACAUUGCCGCUGUCGCUUACAACAGCGUCUUCCUCGGUGAAGUCAUGCUCCCCGACUGGGAUAUGUUCCAUUCUCUCCACCCGGCGGCUGAGUACCAUGGCUCGGCUAGGGCUAUUAGCGGCGGACCUGUCUACGUUAGCGACGCUCCGGGGAAGCACGACUUCAAUCUGUUGAAAAAGCUCGUGCUACCCGACGGUUCGAUUCUUCGCGCCCGUUUGCCCGGUCGCCCGACCAAAGAUUGCCUAUUCGCCGACCCUUCUCGCGACGGCAUCAGUCUUUUGAAGAUAUGGAACAUGAACAAGCACACGGGCGUGUUGGGUGCAUACAACUGCCAGGGCGCGGCGUGGAACAGCGCGGAGAGGAAAAACACGUUCCACUCGACAAACACCGAGCCAAUAACCGGCCACAUCAGCGGCGGCGACGUCCAUCUCCUUUCGGACGUCGCGCCCGACUCCAACUGGGAUGGCAAUGUAGCUUUAUAUUCUCACAACGGCGCGACUCUCGCCGUCGUAUCGAGCAAUGUCUCGUUGCCGGUCUCGCUUAAAGUCCUCGAACACGAAGUCUACACAAUCACUCCAGUCAAGACAUUUUCCGACGGCAUCAAGUUCGCGCCGCUAGGCCUCAUCGACAUGUUCAACUCCGGCGGAGCGAUAGACGGGCUCGAAUAUGAUUGGAAGGUCGACGGAACGGCAGUCGUUUCUGUCGAUGUAAAGGGGUGCGGGCGGUUCGGCGCUUAUUCGUCUACAAAGCCGAGGAAGUGUACGGUGGGAUCGUCGUCGACGUCGCCGUCUCCGGUGGGUUUCGAGUACGAGGCAGCGACGGGGCUGGUGACUGUGAAGUUGGAGGAGAUGCCGCCGGAGGAGCAAAAGGUUCACAAACUUGUGUUUGAGUUAUGACUAAAUGGUUUUAAGAAAAAGGCAAAGAUGUAGCAGAGGUAAUGGUGAUGAUGCUAUUAUUUAUUUAGAGUUGCUAUAAGGUAAAAGGGAUUGAAGUGUUAUGACUAUGAAAUGAUCAAUCCUUUGGUAUUAGAGGAUCUUAUUAUCCAAAUGGUGAGUUAUUAUUGUCUUAUUUGGUAUCA